GCAGUUCAAUGAUUGAAGUCGGAGAAAUGCUGAGAGUUUGUAACUCCCGUAUUCAUAAGCUUCAGAAUUUUUAAGGAUUCUCCUGUAAGUGAGAUAAUAUACGCGUGACGCAACUUGAUUAUACCUUCUUGCUUUUCGUUUACAUCUCACAAUCAACUGUUGCAUACAAUCCACAAUCAUACGCAAGAAUGUUUCCUAAAAAUAAUCUCGGCAAAGAUUAUUCCAGCAUAUCUAAACACGAACUAGAAUUGCAUGUUUGUAACAACGAAAGAGACCUUGACGAAAGUUUGCGAAACAUGGUCGAAAAUUUUAUUUAUCACUACAGUAUAAAUUUAAUGAUGCCUCAUUUACUUGUGAAUAUUAGUAGAAUUAAAAAAUUCCAAGAUUUAUGUAACGAAGAUAUUGUAGGCAGACAUUUUCCCAUCACUGACGUCUUAAAUGAAUUUUAUUCUUUUUUUGAGUUAAACCGUACAUUUCUACAUAAUUAUAAGAUCCUUUCAAAUUUCAGAAAGUGCAGUUUGCCAAUUUUUAUUAUUCUGGCUUUUUUAGGAAACUGUUUGUCUGCCAGUGUGCUCUUUCGUAAAAAGAUGCGUUCUUUCUCGUCCAACAUCUACUUGGGUGUACUAGCAAUAAGCGACAUUGUCUAUUCGAUGACAUUACUUAUUAAAUGGCUCCAUAUAAUGGAUAUAAAUCCAGGAACAAACUAUUUGUAUUGGUUAUAUUUCUUCAUAGACUUUCUGAACUUCUUGUCCCAAUUUUUCAGUGUGUGGCUUAUAGUAGCCUUUACCAUCGAGCGAUAUAUUGUAACGAAGUAUCCACUUCUACGACGAUCUUGGUGCACUGUCAAACGAGCAAAAAUUGUAGUAAUCACACUGAUAGGACUAGCGACUUUGCUCAACAUUCUGCAUAUGUUUGUUAUUCCUUGGACCAUGCAGAAUGUAGUAUUAAAAAAAAAAAGAAUGAAUAUCUAUGAUAUAUACAAACAUCUAAAAUUGGAAAAUCAAACAAGAGUUAGAAAGACAAGGAUCAUUAUAGAUUCUAUUACACUAUUUACUCUACCUGCUCUCGUAAUAGUAAUCUGCAAUACUCUCAUAGGAUAUCACAUUUAUCAGCAAAAUCGUGUUCGCAAAACUUUGAUUAAAGUCUCCGAUUCUUCUAAUGAGAGAACUCGGAUUUCUGGUGAUAAAAAGCUCCAGUACAAAAUCACAAGAAUGCUUAUUCUCGUUUCGAGCAUAUUUGUAAUCUUGAAAUUACCUACACGUUACUUUUACUGCAUUGAUAGUUACAUAUCUGAAUUUGUCAAUGUGUUUGUUAUGGUCGCAAUAUUCGAGCUAUUAGACACAGCACAUUGCAGUAUAAAUUUUGUUCUCUACUGCGCAACGGGACAAACUUUUCGCAGGGAACUUAUCCACAUGUUUACAAAACGUAAAAGUGUAAGGAAAAACAAAAAUCAUGGAGAUGUAUAAUUAUAAGUAACAGUAUGUUUGAUGUCCAAUUAUGCAGUCAAAAAAGCUUGCAAGUUUACGUCCAAUCGCACUUCAAACAAAAAAUCAUACUUAUUUGUUAACAACGCACAACUGAAAGUUUCUCAAGAGAAGCUAACAUUCCAGAUUGAUACACGAGAGAUUAUAAUAUACAUUAUAACUUUAUAUAAAUAUUGUUAACUGCAAACAGCUAAAUAAGAUAGUUAAACAUCUUAUUGUAUUAAAAGUGUUAAAAGUAAGUCAAAAGUAACAAUUAUAAAAAUCUAUGAUACACAAAUAUGAAGUAUGUAUCAAUGUUUCAGCGUAUCAUAAAGAGAACGGCAGUUUUGUAUAUUCUAUUAAUGAAUAUCGACCUAUAUAACUUAGAAAAAAAUGUUGAUUUUUAACUAUUUAAAAUGGGAAAAUUGUCACAUCAUUGAUUGUAAAGCAAAAACAAUUUGUUAUCUUCAAA